AUGGAAAUACAAUCAAGAACUCUGGAGGGAAAAUCAGAAAUUCUGCAGCAGUCACCUCGACCAUUUGUUGAACUUUGGGAAGAGAAUACAGAUACCUUAGUAGUUUCUGAAUCUGAAGGAAAAAAUGGUGAUCUAUCAUCUGAAGAAGAUGAAAGAUUGGACUUUCUAAACUUAGAUGGAUUAAAUACCUUUCCAACAGAGCAAGAACCAAAUCAGCCUGUUUUACCACAAGAUCAGCCAAUUUUUGACCUACAGAUACCUCAAGAUAUACCACUUUUACAACCUAUAUCAGCUUUAUCUAACCCAAUGGAAGGAGAACAAAGAAUCCAACAAGAACAGGACCUACCAUUAUUUCAGGAUUAA